GGUUCAGUUCUGCCCCCCUGUGGGUAAAGUAACCACCGCAUGGGAGUUUCUAUCCCCGCGCCAAGGUUAAUCAUUAACCUUGUCUUCUCAGUCUCUCAGGGCACCGAAUAAGGAGGACGGUACUCUGACCAAGGCAUGCUGCCGCCCAGACGCCACAUCUUACCAUGGGUGACUGUAACCACUGUACACACGAGCGGGCUCUAUCCGGGGAGGACGACAUUACCGUAGUGUUUCACAAAGUUGACAGCCAUGGCCAAAACAGCGGCGGCGACGACCACGACGAGUGCGGCGACGACGAGCGGACGGCGGAGCGGGUUCGCCUGCACGCCAACUGUCGCGUGUCGUGCGGUUACGACGACGAUGAUGCCGCGGGGAGCGAGGAAGCGAGAGGGGGCGAAAACUCACUGGAAGGCGGCGAGAAGAAAACGCUGUGCCCGCCGGCGUUUUGCGUCGGGGGCCAGCCCGCAUCCCGAGAAGCAAGCGCACGCGAAGGCGCAGAAAAAACAAAGGGAUGUCCAGGUCUUGGUUUGUUCUAUGCUUUCCUGUCCACAGUUUUCUUCUCCAUCAUUGCCCUCCUGGUGAAAACCAUCCAGGGAGUCCACGCCAUAGAGAUCAGCGCCAUACGCUGCUUCUUCCAGAUGCUCUUUAUUGUGCCAUUACUCAUCUACCACAAGACAGGUUUCCUUGGUCCCAGAGAUAAACGUAUAUAUCUGGUGCUUCGGGGUUUCAUUGGUUCCAAUGCCAUGAUCCUGCUCUUCUAUGCCGUUCAGCAGAUGCCACUAGCAGAUGCCACUGUCAUCAUGUUCAGUAAUCCAGUCUUUACCUCGCUCCUGGCUUGGAUUUUCCUCAAGGAGAGAUGUACAAUCUGGGACUGUGUCUUCACUGUUUUUACCAUCACCGGAGUCAUUCUGAUCGCACGACCACCAUUCAUCUUUGGCGAGCAUCUACGCGGCAUCGAGGGCAACUACACUAACCACAUCAAGGGGACUGUUGCUGCAUUUGUGGGAGCGAUCGCGGCUGCUUUUACAUUUGUUGUCCUUCGCAAGAUGGGGAAGAGCGUCCAUUACUACCUCUCUGUUUGGUACUAUGCCGUCAUCGGUUUCAUCCAGAGCAUCAUCACUGUAUCCGUCCUUGGGGAGUGGAAGAUCCCGUUUUGUGGCCGUGAUCGCUGGAUGCUGAUGUUGAUCGCUGUCCUGGGUAUUGCCGGUCAGACCUUCCUGACAAAGGCCCUACAGAUUGAGAAGGCCGGACCUGUGGCCCUGAUGAGGACUGUGGAUGUGGUGCUGGCAUUCAUCUUCCAAUUUAUUUUCUUCAACCGUGCACCGACCCUGUGGAGCCUCGGAGGGGCACUGUGCGUAGUGAUGAGCACUAGUGGAGUAGCAGUUAAGAAGUGGUACAGCAGCUCUCGCAAGAGCUGAGCUGGAGAAGCAACAUAGAAUACCACAGUAAUACUAUUUAUUCUUUUUUUCAUUAUCAUAUGUUCUUGACUUAUUCUGUGUUUUUCUUGUUAUUCACAUGCAAACAUUAUGAGGAGGUUUAAGCUACUUGAAGAGUUAAAGCAGAAAUAUAGAAGGGUAAUAGAGGGUAAGGGUCUUUAUUUCAAAUUUGAAUUCUGUACAUCUAUACAUGUUGAUUCUUGAGAGUCAACUUGUGUAAUUUAUUGUUAUUCAUUUGUUUUGGUUUAAAUGAGCACAUCUGUGAGGGAAACAAGAAGAAGGAAAAACUGUGUAUCCACUUUACUGCCCAAAACUGUGUCAGGCUCCCUGGAGCCCCUGUAGCUAAAUAGCUGCUUAGUCAUGAUCGAAUUCGUAUUUUCUCCUUAAAAGAAUGUGUACAGCAUAAAUGGGGUGAAAGCUGAUGAAGACGUUUGAUGAGGGAUGUCCCCAGUUUCAUUUUCCUUUUACUUUAACCUGAAUGAAAUAGCCAAAGAAAGAGGUUUACUGCAUUGGGACCAUUCAUACUGUGUCACAUAACUACAAUCAUAGUAGACAAAAAAAAAAGUGUAAUAUGUAUUUUAUCGCGUAUGAGGCAGUAUCAAACUAGUAUCCGCGAAAAAUACUUAAAAUAUCUGUGGUGCUGCCAAUACAACGACGAUCACUUUGUCAUCCACAAUAAGAAAAGGAAAUAUAAUGCACAUCAAAAAUAAGCAUUAUAAGCAAUUAAAUACAGCCAUUUAUUACCCAUUUUUAGCAAAGAUAACGUAUUUAUUAUAAAGACAUUGCAAGUAUCUCGAGUCAAAAAAGAAAUUGAAAAGCUGAAAUUAAAAUUGGUUUUCAAAAGUUUUACUUGAAUACACAAUCAUGCUAUAGGAUUAUCUCAGGGAUUUCUCACCUGUUAAUUAUGCCCAAAUAUGAAUUAUACCUACAACCUGCCCAAUGAACUUAUCCAUGAAAAAAUUAUUCCAUUGUGAUUUAAUUGAUUUUGUGAUUUGAUUUUUCCUCCGUUGCCAUUGUCUUUUCUAAUAUAUUAAAUGGUAGUGGGCGAAUAUCUAUGACAAUCAAGUCCAUAGUUAAUCAUUUCCUAAUCUCUGAAGUGCCUUAAGUCAGGACCUUUAACCUCCAGCCUUUCUUAGUGGAGCUGCUCAGUAACCAGCAGCUUGUACUGUGCAGUCCUCAGGUGUCAUUUUGCAUAUGAAUAUGAAGUAGGGUUCUUCUCAAAAAAAAAAAAAAAAAAAAAAAAAAAACUCAACUCAAUAAGUAAUGAUUUUUAAUGUGUGUAUGACAAAAUCAAAGAUGAAGUCUAACAGCAUUUUAAAAAUGAGGCACAUAAGAUGUGACCCCUAUACCCCCCCCAAAGGCCACACUGAUCUCUUCAUCAUCUCAGGAGGAGUCAACUCUUGUGGAGGCUAGCACUUAAUGUCAUCUUAGAACUAAAGCAACUAAAUAGUGAUCCUAACAGUCUAGGAAUAUACUUCUCUUUUUUAUCUAAUGUGACACUAUGUAAGGCAGUGCUGUAUGUUUGUUUGCUUAACCCACUUUAAGAUGUCAACUAUAGAUUUCAGGGGGAAUACGGAGAUUUACAGAGGUCCUAUAGGCCGUGGCACAGUGUGAUAUGUGAAAGCUCAAAUAAAGCAGUGCUCCCCUUUCUAUGCUGGAGAACACACUCUCUUAGAUUGACCUGAGACUUGAUUUGAUCUUUAUUUCCAGGUAAUUUGCUGUGGUUUGAAAUCUCAACUGUGCACAAACAUUAUGCAAGACGGAGUAAAAUUCUACUGAUUAGGAAAACACUUAUAUGAUAUUUUACUACCAAUAUUAGCAGUGCCAGUUAUUAAUACAAAAUGUCUCAGCUCAUAAAAUUCUGAUCCUACCCAUUGGUUUUAAAGAGCAGAAUAUACUUCAGUUAAAUGGUUCAUUUUGGGUCAUUGUACAACAAGCCCUGGUAUAUCAUUCAUUUUUAAUGUGUGAAAUAUAGUAAGAUCAGCCUAUCACUUGUGAUGCCAGUGUCAUAUUUUAGUGAGGAGGAAUUUAUUUAAAGGCACUGUGACAUUUAUUAAUCAUUGUUCAUAGUACACUGGGAUGUUCUGGUCACUUCAGAUGUUCAGAGGCUAAUGUUAUGUUCUUCUUGUUUGAUUUGCUUUGACGUUGACUUUUAGUGCUCCGAAUUUUUAAUUUAGUUGACUUGAAUGCUGGUAGCGUAAGCACAACGUGUUGAGUUGCCAGCAAAUGGUUAGGUAAACAUUUGUUUCAGGACCUAUAAGCCUUACAGACCCAAUAAAGCUCUUUUUAGGAUUUUUAAA